AUGGAAGUCGCGUUUGGCAUCACCGGCAAGGACUACGUCCUCCUCGCGUCCGACACCUCGGCCGCCCGCUCCAUCGUCAAGAUGAAGUCCAACGAGGACAAGCAGCGCGUCGUCGGCAAGCACCUCGUCAUGGCCUACUCGGGCGAACCAGGCGACACGCUCCAGUUCUCCGAGUACGUCGAGCGCAACCUGCGCCUGUACCAGAUCCGCAACCACAUCCCUCUGCGCCCGACUUCUGCCGCCGCGUGGAUCCGCACCCAGCUCGCCACCUCGCUGCGCUCGCGCAAGCCCUACUCGGUCAACCUCCUCCUCGGCGGCUUCGACCCGACGACGUCGACCCCGUCGCUCUACUGGGUCGACUACCUCGGGACCCUCGGCCACGUGCCUUACGCGGCGCACGGCUACGGCGCCUACUUUGCGACGAGCACGAUGGACCGGUGGCACGACCCCGAGGCCGACCUCGACCAGGGGCUCGACCUCCUGCGCAAGUGCAUCGCCGAGCUCGAGACGCGCUUCAUCAUGAACCUGGGAGGGUGGACCAUCCGCGUCGCCGACGCGUCCGGCGUGCGCCAGAUCAACCUCGAUGGCACGCCCUACGUCCCGCCACAGCAGCCGCCGGCACCGCCCGCGGCGGCCGCCGUCGCGCAGCAGGCCGGCGUCCAGGAGGCGCUCGGCGAAGUGGCCGCGUCGGCGUGA